AUGGAUACAGCUGGUUUGACUGGUGACCUGCUUACCAUUUUAUUGUUAAGAAAAAUUAAAAAAGAAAAUAAGCCAAAAAGGAAUAGGAGAUGGUGGGUAAGACCUAUCAAUCAAGAUAGAGAGAAGAAAGGAGAUUUUAGGAGGCUCAUAAAUGAAAUGAGGUUGUAUGAUGCAGAGUGGUUUUUCACUUAUACAAGGAUGACACCAACCUUAUUUGAAUCUCUGCUAAACAUGGUAGGACCUCAUUUAACUAAAAACAGCAUUAGAAAAGCUUUACAUCCAAGUCAAAGGCUUGCCAUUACAUUAAGGUUUUUGUCUACUGGAGAUUCCUAUUUCUCUAUAGCGAAUGGCUACCAUUUGGGCAAAUCUACAGUAUGUACUGUGAUCCAAGAGGUCCUAGAAGUUUUGUGGCAAGUUUUGCAGCCUAUUGUUAUGCCAGAACCUACAAAAGAAAAGCUGCAAGAGAUAGAUAUAGUUUUACUUGGAGUGUGUGAUGCAGAUUAUAAUUUUACUUUUGUGGACAUAGGAGCCUAUGGAUCCAUUGGCGAUGGAGGUGUUUUUGCACAAUCUGUGUUUGGCAGAAAUUUAACGAAUGGAAGUAUUCCCCUUCCAUCAUCAAAAGAACUGCCUGGAACCACUAUUAAACUAAAUCAUUUUUUUGUUGGUGAUGCUGCUUUUCCCCUUAGAGAAAAUUUAAUGCGACCAUAUGCUGGCAGGAAACUAAACGUGGUUAAGUCAGUAUUCAAUUAUCGAUUAGCAAGAGCUAGGAGAAUAAUUGAAAAUACAUUUGGUAUUAUGGUUGCAAGAUGGAGAAUAUAUUUGCGAACAAUCUGUGCCGCACCACCUACUGCAAUUAAUAUAGUAAAGGCAACAACCUGCUUGCACAAUUUCAUAAGAAUGUCUGGGCCUGCAAAAGAGCGAUAUUGUCCAUCAAACUACAUUGACAGUGACGAUUUCUUGGGCAAGUGGAGACAAGAGGUAGAAGGCUCAAUAUUGGAGACAUGUUCCAGACUUGGAACUAAUAAUGCUUCGUUUGGUGCAAAUACUAUGAGAAAUAACUUGGCAAAAUAUUUUUUAACUCGUGCUGGUUUUAAAAAAGGACAGAUAGAAUAUGUUAAACGCACAUAA